AUGCAACAGCUGCAACGCAUAGCCAACCGAGAGCAGGAAAUGCUGGUCGUGGAUCUGGAAGAUGUGGCAGAGUACGAGAAAACCUUCGCAGACCUCGUGUCUCGCAUACAGAACAACACCCGCCGAUACGUCAACCUGUUCAGCGAAGUGGUCGACGCACUCAUGCCAAUGCCCACGAAGGACAUAAGCGACCAGGACGAAGUCAUUGAUGUUAUACUGCAUCAAAGGAGAGAGCGGAAUGAACAGACUGAGGGCAUUCAGGAGGGGUUCCCUAACCACCUCCUACGACGAUAUAAUUUAUAUUUCAGACCUCUACGGGCGGAUAUUGCUAUGGCCGUUCGGGAAGUCCGAGGCCUUCAUUUAGGCCGGCUCAUCACUGUCAGAGGGAUAGUGACUCGGGUGUCUGAAGUCAAACCACUACUGCUCGUCAAUGCCUACACUUGCGACGUCUGCGGAUCGGAAACCUUCCAAGACAUUUCAAGUAAGCAGUUCACGCCCAUCAUGGACUGUCAGAACGAGAACGAAUGCAAGAAGAACGGUAUCCACGGGUCGUUGCAUAUGCAGACGAGGGCGUGCCGGUUUGUCCCGUUCCAGGAAGUGAAAAUCCAGGAAAUGGCAGACCAAGUGCCGGUCGGUCACAUACCACGUUCAAUGACCGUACAGGUUCAAGGUCCUCUAACUCGUCUGAUGAAUCCAGGCGACGUCGUUCACCUAGGGGGCAUCUUCCUUCCCAUCCCAUAUACUGGUUAUCAGGCAGUACGCGCAGGUCUUCUUACCGACACCUACCUCGAGGCGCACUACAUCCAUCAACUUAAAAAACAAUACAACGACAUGGAAAUUACGCCAGAGAUGCGUGCCAAAAUCGACCAGCUUCAGAACGAUCCAGCGCUUUAUACCAAACUGGCCCACAGCAUUGCACCGGAAAUUUACGGUCACGAAGACGUCAAGAAGGCGCUACUACUGCUGUUGGUAGGCGGAGUGACAAAGACCAUGGGGGACGGCAUGAAGAUCCGAGGGGAUCUGAAUAUCUGUCUUAUGGGUGACCCCGGUGUUGCUAAGUCCCAAUUGCUCAAGUAUAUUUCCAAGGUAGCUCCGAGAGGAGUAUAUACCACGGGAAAAGGUUCUUCAGGCGUUGGUCUCACAGCCGCCGUCAUGCGAGACCCCGUCACAGACGAGAUGGUACUCGAGGGGGGUGCUCUCGUUCUCGCUGACAAUGGUAUCUGUUGUAUUGAUGAGUUCGACAAGAUGGAGGAGUCCGAUCGCACUGCUAUCCAUGAAGUGAUGGAACAGCAAACUAUCUCAAUCUCCAAGGCGGGUAUUUCUACGACUUUGAACGCUCGCACUUCCAUCCUGGCGGCAGCCAACCCCUUGUACGGAAGAUACAACCCCAAAGUGUCACCGGUGGAAAACAUCAACUUGCCUGCCGCUUUGCUGUCCCGUUUCGAUCUGCUCUUCCUAAUCCUUGACAAGCCCACGAGAGACGACGAUGAGCGCCUCGCGCACCAUGUCACUCACGUCCACAUGUACAACACACACCCUGAAUUGGAGCAUGAGCCAGUCGAGCCGGUGCUUAUGCGGCAUUACAUCGCGCUUGCUCGCACUCACCGACCUAUCGUCCCUCCAGAAGUCUCCAGUUACGUGGUAGACUCUUACGUCCGACUCAGAAAGCUAUCAAGAGACGAGGAAGAGCAAAAGAAGUCGCACACUUACACCUCUGCUCGUACGCUAUUGGGUGUCCUCCGGUUAUCCCAGGCACUAGCACGACUACGUUUCUCGGAUAUUGUCACCCACCUUGACGUCGACGAAGCACUUCGCCUUAUGGAGUGUAGCAAAGAGAGUCUGCUGGAGGAUGCGGAGAAGGAGCGUGAUCCUGACCAGUCACCUCAGAGUAAGAUCUAUCGCAUAAUGAAGGAUAUGGCCAAAGCUGGUCGUGGAAGCGGCAAGAAGCGGAAAACUGUCCAGAGUCGAAAGAAGCGACUGGGUAAGGGACCCGGUGGUGAGCGGGAUUCUGACGUCGAUAUGGAUGAAGAUUACGAUGACUCUGGCGACGAGGGUAUGGAGGAGAUCCCCAUCGUCCAGAUUAGGGCCCGGGUGUUGGCUGCUGGAUUCACGGAAGUGCAGCUGAAUGACACGAUUUCGGCGUACGAGGAUUUGGAUCUCAUCGCGAGAGUAGCGAAUGGAAGCAGGAUACGUUUCAUCUCGGUCCCAGAAUCAUAG